AUGCCAGCCAGUCCCGUCCAGCCAGCCAGUGUUCCGGCAGGCCAGCCAGUGUUCCAACCAGCCAGUGUUCUGACCAGCCAGCCAGCGCUCCUGGCAGCCAGUGUUCCAGCCAGCCAGACAGCGUUCCCGCCUGCCAGUGUUCCGGCCAAGCAGCCAUUGUUCCGGUCACCCAGCCAGUGUUUCGGCCAGCCAGCCAGUGUUCCAACUAGCCAGCAAGUGUUCCGGCCAACAAGCCAGCGUUCCGGCCAGCCAUCCAGAGUUCCGGCCAGGCAAUCAGUGAUCCGUCCAGCUGGCCAGCCAGCCAGCAAUCCGGCCAGUCAGCCAGUGUUACGGCCAUUAGCCAGCGUUCUGGCCAGCCACCAGCCAGUGUUCCGGCCAGCCAGCCAGCGUUCCGGCCAGUCAGCUAGCGUUCUCGCCAGACAAUGUUCCAGCCAGCCAACGAGUGUACCGGCUAGCCAGCCAGCAUUGCAACCAGUCAGCCAGCGCUCAGGCCAGCCAGCAAGUGUUUCUGAUCGCCAGGGAGUGUCCCCCACAACCAGCGUUCCGGCCAGCCACCCAGCAUUCCGACCAGUCAGCCAGCGUUCAGGCCAGCCAGCAAGUGUUCUGGCCAGCCAGCUGCUGUACCCUCAAGCCAGUGUUCGGCCAACCGGUCAGCGUUCCCGCCAGCCAGUGUUUCAGUCAGCCAGCCAGUGUACCGGGCAUCCAGCCAGCGUUCCGGCCAGCCAGCAAGCAUUCCGGCCUGCCAGCCACCUUUCCGGCCAGCCAGACAGUGUACAAGCAGGCAGCCAGCAUUCUGGCGUGUCAGCCAGCGUUCCAGCCAGCCAGCUAGCGUUACGGCCAGCCAGCGUUCCAGAAAGCCAGCCAGUGUUCUGGCGAGCCAGCCAGUGUCCCGGCCAUCCAGCAAGCAAUACGAACAGCCAGCCAGUGUUCAGGCCAGCCAGCCAGUGUUCCGGCCAGCCAGCUAGCCCAGCAUUCUGGCCAGCCAGCUAUCAUUCUGACCAACCAGCUAGCAUUGAAGCCAGCUAUCGAGCAUUCCGGCCAGCCAGCCACUGUUCUGGCCAACUAGGUUCAGGUCAGCCAGAUAGUGUUUUGGCCAGCAAUCCAGCAUUCCCACCAACCGGUCUUCCAGCCAGCCAGCCAGUGUUCCAGCCAGCCAGCAAGAGUUCCAGACCGCCAUGGAGUAUACCCGCCAGCCAGUGUUUUGACCAGCAGCCAGCGUUCCAGACAGACAGCCAGCGUUCCUGCCAGCCUACCAUCAUAUCGGCCAUCCAGCCAGAGUUCUGGGCAACCAGUGUUCAGUCCAUCAUUCUGACCAACCAGCCAGCAUUCCGGCCAGCCAGCGUUCCGGCCAUCCAGCCACAUUUCCGGCCAGCCAAUGUUACAACCAGCCAGUGUUGUGACCAGCCAGCCAGCGUUCCAGCCAGCAUUCUGGCGUGGAAGAUAGCAUUCCAGUCAGCCAUCCAGCGUUCUGGCCAGCCAGCCAGUGUACUGGCCAUACCGCAAGCAAUCCGGCCAGCCAGGCAGUGUUCCGGCCAGCCAGCGAGCAUUCCAGACAGCCCGCCACCGUUCCGACCAGCUAGCCAGUGUUCCGGACAGGCAGCUAGUGCUGUCGGCCUGCCAGAAAGCAUUUUGACCAGCCAGCCAGGGUUCUGGCCAGGCCAGCGUUCUAGCCAGCCAGCUGGCAUACCGGGCUGCCAGCCAGCAUUCUUGCCACUCAGCCAGAAUUCUGGCCAGACAGCCAUCAUUCCGACCAGUCAGCCAGUGUUCCGGCCCACCAGUGUUCCGGAAAGCCAGCAAGUGUUCCGGCCAGCUACCCACCGUUCUCGCCAGCCAUACUUCCGGCCAGCCAGCCAGCGUUCCCGCCAGCUAGUCUUCUGGCCAACCAGCCUGGGUUCUGACCAGCCAGCAAGUGUUCCAGCCAACCAGCCAAUGUACUCGCCAGCCAGCCAGUGUUUUGGCCAGCCAGCCAGGGUUCCGGCCAGCCAGCCAGGGUUCCGGCCAACCAGCCUGCAUUCCGGCCAGCCAGCGUUCCAGCCAGCAAGUGUUCCAGAGAGCUACCAAGCGUUCUCGCCAGCCAUACUUCUGGCCAGCCAGCGAGGGUUCCCGCCAGCUAGUGUUCUGGACAACCAGCCUAGGUUCUGGCCAGCCAGCAAGUGUUCCGGCCAACCAGCCAGUGUACUGGCCAGCCAGCCAGGGUUCCGGCCAGACAGCAAGUGUUCCGGCCAACCAGCCAGCAUUCCAGACAGCCAGCCACCGUUCCGACCAGCUAGCCAGUGUUCAGGACAGCCAGCUAGUGCUGUCGGACUGCCAGAAAGCAUUUUGACCAGCCAGCCAGGGUACUGGCCAGGCCAGCAUUCGGGCCAGCCAGUGUUCUGGCCAGCCAGCCACAUUUCCGGUAGACCAGCCAAUGUCACAACCAGCCAGUGUUCUGACCAGCCACCAGCGUUCCAGCUAGCCAGCCUGCUUUACGGGCUGCCAGCCAGCAUUCCGGCCUGCCAGCCACCAUUCUGGCCAGCCAGCCUGCAUUCUGACCAACCAGCCAGCAUUACCGCCAGCCAGGAUCCUGGCCAGCCAGCCAAUGUUCUGGCAGGCCAGCCAGUGUUCCAACCAGCCAGUGUUCUGACCAGCCAGCCAGCAUUCCAGCCAGCCAGCCUGCUUUACGGGCUGCCAGCCAGCGUUCCGGCCUGCCAGCCAGCGUUCCGGCAACCAGACAGCAUUCAUGCCAGCCAGCGAGCAUUCCGACCCGUCACCCAGGGUUCCGGGCUGCCAGUGAUCCGGAAAGCCUGCAAGUGUUCCGGCCAGCUAGAUAGCGUUAUCGACAGCCAGUGUUCCACCAGCCAGCGUUCCGAAAAGCCAGCCAGUGUUCUGGCCAGCCAGCCAGAGUACCGGCAAGCCAGCCAGCAUUCUAUCCAACCAGCCAGCAUUCAAGCCAUCCAGCUAGCGUUCUGGACAGCCAGCCAGUGUUCCGGAAAGCCAUCCACUGUUCUGGCCAGCCAGCCAGCGUACCUGCCAUCCAGCCAGCGAUCCGGUCAGGCAGCCAGGAGUCCGGCCAGCCAGCCAGUGUUCCGGCCAGCCAUCCAUUGUUCUGGCCAGCCAGCUAGUGUUCCGGCCAGCCAGCGUUCAAGCCUGCCAGAUAGUGUUCUGCCCAACCAGCCUGCAUUCCCACCAGCCAGCCCAGAGUUCCGGCCAGCCAGCCAGCCAGUGCUUAGGCCAGCCAGCCAGCAUUCCGGCCAGCCAUACCUCGUUCCGGCCAGCCAGCCAGCGUUCCGGCCCACCAGCCAGCAUUGCAGCCAGCCAGCCAGCAUUCUGGCCAGCCAGCCACCGUUCAGGCCAGCCAGCCAGCGUUCCAGCCCACCAGCCAGCACUGCAGCCAGCCAGCCAGCAUUCCGGCCAGCCAGCCACCGUUCAGGCCAGCCAGCCAGCGUUAAGGCCAGCCAGUCACAGUUACAGCCAGCCAGCCAGUUUGCGGCCAGCCAGGGUUCCGGUCAUCCAGCGAGCAUUCUAACCAGCCAGCCAGUGUCCCAACCAUCCAGUGCUCCGACCAGCCAGCCAGUGUCUCGGUCAAUCAGCCAGCAUUCUGACCAACCAGCGAGCAUUCGUGCCAGCCAACCAGCAUUCUGA